UCUAUCUCCUCUCCCUAUGAGCAACGGUCAAUAAUCCGCAUAUUUGGACUCGCAGAUUGUCUUUUAUACAUUUUGAGAUAGGCCGAGGAGCGAGAAAGUCGAAGAAAUUGAAGAUGACAGCGAGUGAUGUAUGUGGUGGCAAGUCAACUCAACGCAUGAAAAAGGUCUACUUCACGUUAUAUCACCAAUAUUCAUCAGUCGAGUGGAAGAGUGAGACGGUCAAGACAAGGUGCAAUCAUUUUUCUCGUCGAAUCUCAGUUCGACAGGGCUCAAAUUUGCGGCCCUGAUUGCGGAGACUUGAAGGAGUCAAGGCUUUAUACAACGUUUUGGCGUAUGGCGGCUGGAAUGAAACUCUCGACAGCAUAGCAACACAAUCCCCCACUGGUUCCGCAAAAUGUGCUCAAAAGUUCUGACAGCGCUUCUGGAGGUCCUUCAGCAUGAAUAUAAAGGUCAUGUACCUUUAUGUGGAUGGUGUAGAGCAAUCAAAUGAUGCUCAUAUACUGUAUUGUGAUUGACGUGGGCUGCCAGUACCGCAUUGCGGCCAUCCUUCUUCCCAGCAUUGAAACCUGUGAACGAUGCAUGCCCAUUCGUUGUUUCCUCUAUUCGACUUGUACAGCUGCUUUCAUAUCUUCUAGUGUCGUUCACAGAAAAGCCUCGACAACGAUCCAAUGGUAGACAGCAGGGCUGCGGCACACGUUGUGAAACCAGGGAUGAAACCUACACUUGAGCAAUCUUGGGACGCGAUCACGAAGACGGUAGAUGAACUCGAUGAGGACCUGGUGAAGGGGUAUAAGGAAGACAUCGAUACACUUUUGGUUUUCGCUGGUCUCUUCUCGGCAGUCGUUACUGCUUUCACGAUUGAAUCAUACCAGUGGUUACAGGAAAAUCCUGCCGAGACGACUGUUGAACUUCUCAGACAGAUUGCUCAGCAGAUGUCGACGAGCAGCCAGUCGUCUCCAGCUGUACCCCCACCACCGCAUUUCACUCCAUCUUCCUCGGUCAUCCGAAUCAACACCUUCUGGUUUCUCAGCCUCAUUCUCGCUCUAGUUGACGCCCUCUUCGGGCUCCUCUGCAAACAGUGGAUUCGUGAGCAUAAACGACAAAUAAACACACGCACUCCUGGCCAGGCUUUGGCUCUCCGUUGGUUGCGUUACCAGAGCUUUGACCGUUGGCAUGUCCAUUCAAUCCUCGCAUCCCUCUCGAUCCUACUUGAACUUGCUCUAUUUUCCUUUUUUGCGGGGUUAUUAGAACUCCUGUGGACCCGACAUUCGGUUCCUUUUUCCAUUGCCCUAGUCAUCGUCGGACUUGCUGUUUUGUUUUACCUUACGACCACGAUUGUCCCUGGUGUCAGCAUAAUUAAACAAGUCUUUCACCUCCAUCCAUCCUUUGCUAGUGCCUACCCACUAUUCUACCCACGCGACAUUGCUCGCUUACCGACACUCGAGCUUGUAUGUCCCUACAAGUCCCCCCAGUCAUGGCUUAUCUUCCGCCUUGUCUCAACCAUCUAUCGUCUUCCUGGCUGCAAGAGGCUGCUUCACUCGUUUCUUCCGAAAGGCGAUAGAAAUUGGGAUUCGAACGUUGAUAUGGACGAUCUAGAUCGUACCAUUGCCAAGAACAUCUCAAACAUUUCUAGCUGGUCAUCACUUGAUCUAAGCGUCAUACAGCGGUUCUCAAGUAUCAAAAGGUGUCCUGAUCUGUACGAACUGAAGGGAUUUCAAUGGCUCGUGCAGGAGACUCAAGAUAUCCCAUCCAUGAUACCACAUCUGAAGAAUGUGAUCGCAGAGUUACCCAGACAUUUAGUGAUGCCUACUUUGUUCGGUCAGUGGGUUCCACCGGAUGGGCAGUCUACAUGGAGUGCUACCGACGUAGAUUCUGCACUGGACUCUCCUCGCGAUGGCAGUGACGAUAGUUUAUUCAGCGAUCAAUCGUCGCCACACGACUUGGCCAUAGUCUCUCAGAUAAUCUGCCUCCGACACUUGAUGACUACCUAUGGUGAUUAUCAGUGGGCGUCUGGGACAGGCGAUGAGUUGGUAAAGGUAGGAGAGGAGCUCUGGGGUCGAAUACUCAGAGUGCCUGGAAACAGCCGUUUAAUCCCGGCUUUUCCUCGACCCCAGGAAUUGUUGACAAGUCCAUCGACGGAGUGGCGCGGGAAGCUGUUGAGUUUUUAUGUGCAGUAUUGGGGUGAAUUGGAUGUCGAUCUUCAAGUCAGCCUCGCGGAGAGGUUGUACUCGUCCGUUAUCCACUUCCUCGAGUCAUCGGAACCUGAUGACGUUGGAUCUACACUCCUGGCAUCCAGAUAUGGUCUCGAUUUUUUGACUUCUUUGAACCACAAGCUAUACGAAACGAAGGAUUUCUUUGAAUGGGAAGACCACGCCAAGCCUUGGAUGGACGUAUUGCGCCAUGCACGACGUAUUCACCAGCUACCACCACUUUAUUUCAAGCCAUUUCUGGGCUACUUUCCAAUAUCAUCUGAUAGUCUCAAGGAGGUCUUAGAUGAUCCAUCGACAUGUGUGUCGGUCUUCGUGCCUUUGUUGGAGUCCUACAAGCAGUGUUGGGCUACCGCGCGUCCUUCUCGAAAGGAAGAACUUGUCAAAAUGUUGUCUGUUCAUAUCAAUCAGGACUCAGCGAUUGCUUUCGGUGAACCAGAGGCGCCAGACCUGGACGAAGAGCAGCCUUCACCGACAUCUCCUCUCUUGCAAUCACAAUCAGGCCUUGACUUUCUGAUAUUCGUGAACGAGAAAUUAGCUGAGGACCACGAAUUCCAUUACCGAUGGAAGCGCCACAUUAUUGGUCCAUGGGUGGAUACUCUCGAACGCGUACGAGUACUUAGUCAGUUGCCAUCGGGCCUUGACUUCAAACCCAUUCCAAAGCGUUACUGGGUCACUGACGAGAUAGUGGGGUGGUAUAAGCCGAGAACCGAAACGGGCCAGAUCGAUAAUGAAGCGGAACUGGCAGGAUGGAGUCGGUGUCACGAGGCUUAUGUAGAUUCUGUCACGGGAGAAAAGAGGAAGAGGACGAGGAUCGGAGGCGGACCCUGGAAUGAGGCAAGAACUUCCUUUGAGAUAGAGAUAUUGGCAACUAGCAGUGGCAAUGGCGACCAAGAGGGUGGGGAAAUGAAGAUAGACACAGAUAUUCGGGCUACCACAAGGCAGGGUGCUGUUGCUGGCGAGGCAGAUAGGAUUAUUGGUGGGCCGGGCGCCGAAGGAAAGGUUUGA